CCGAGGCAAGCAAGGCCAGCAGCAGCAGCUGCUGCAAGGGAUCGCCUCCUGGCCCAUCGUCCCCACACUUCCCCCAAUUUGGGACCUAAGGGGGGGAGGGAGGAGUAGAAAAAGAAGCAACCCAAGUGGGAAAGAGGGGAGAUCGAUGCUCCUUCUGGGGCUGGCAGGAGAGCCACCCCUUCCCAAAGCCCAGAUCACUCCAUUCAACCCCCCCUUUUUUGGGGACCCCUCUGCUUUUGGGGGCGAUGGCGGAGAGCUUGAGGAGACUGACCCACAAAGAGACGUGUCGGGUUUUGCAAGAGAAGCUGGAGCGUUGGCAUAAAGAUUAUCACAUUAACUCAUGUGAUCAGAAUCUGACCCGAUGCUGUGAGAUUAUGGAACUGAACUCCAUGAUCCAGGGGCAACUCUUCACAAUCCUCAAUCAAACGUGUCAAGAAGGUGGACAUUAUGCCGGUGUGGAAAUAAUUAAAUCUCGACUCCUGCCAUGGCUAGGAUCUUGUUUUUCUAGCCCUGCUCCGGGAAGAUCCUUUGAAACAACAUCUUCUCUCUUGCAGGAGUCGUUUGAAAAAGACAGGAUGCUGAGGGAACUGGCCAACUCCCGGAGCCAUGAUAUACAACAGCUGGAGAAAGAACUGAAUGCCACUCGUUUAGAGCUCAGUUUUGUAAAGCAAGAUCUUGCAGAAGCCCAGUCGGCUCUUGAAGAUACAAAGGCCAAAUCAGCCACCACUCUUUUGGCAGCCGAGGAUGAAAUUGUUCAGCUCAAGGCAGAUCUAAAGGCUUCUCAAGCAAAAGAAGAGUGUGCUCUGAUCAACCUGGAGCGAAUGAAUGAGUAUGAGCAGAAGCUUCAAACACUGAAGGAUGAGAUUGCUGUCCUUGGCGCUCAGAAAUCUGUUUUACAACGCAAACUUGCACGGAGUCGAUCUCCUUCUCCAAUAUCUGCCCGGAGCAGGUCACCUAGUCCACUUUCAAAGAGGAGUUUCUCACCUGGCCGUGCUAGACUCACAAAUGCUUCCCGCCACGCUUGCCUUGUGGAACGUUUCAGUGACAUUUAUUCUCAGGAACGCUUGAAUGCUCAAACCCUUUUGAGGAGUUACAUUGAUGAUCUGGAGAUGGUGCAGAGAAUAAUCUACAUUGCAGCUGUGGAAUCUUUCCAAGCAGCAAAGAGGGCAUUCAGACAGUUCAAAAUACGUGUUAGAAAAACUCUGUCCCUGAGUCACUCUGGCUGUGAAUCACUUGAAGACAUGGUAAUGGACUAUAUCAUUCGCCAGGAAGAUCUCUAUGAUGUUCAGUCCAGUGUCAGUGAAGUCAUCCGUGCAAUGAACAUCAAUCCUAAGAUUUCCUUCCCCCCAGAAGUUGAUUUUAUCAUGAUCAGUGGUUUAAUACGGGAGUUGUGCCGGGUAGCAUUUUCAAUGCAGACUUUGGAUCCACCACUUGAUAUUUCAUUUGGUACAGAUGGAGAACUCUUUAGCGAGUACAAAUACCGCCACAGCUAUGACUCUGAAUUCACAGCUCCACUGGUGGCCUACCAUGUGUGGCCUGCUCUCAUGGAAGAAGAUUCUGUCAUUGUAAAGGGAGAGGCAGUCACAAGAAGAGGUGCUCUAUGGUCUCACAGAAGUAGAAGUAGGAGCAGGAGCAGAAGUCGCAGCCGCAGCCCGAGCCCUCUGUCUCGUAGUGGUGGCUACUCCCGACAUGUGCCAGCUCGAAGCCGCAGCCCUUCCCCGUUAAGAAAUGGAAGCCCAAGGGUGUCCAGAUGCUUCUAUCUGCAGUGAAUCUGAAUCCUGUCCCCAAAAUAAAUUCAGCAGCUUGGAUCAUUCCAAAAUCCAGGAUGGCUUGAUCUCACAUGGAAGCCCCUGGCCACCCCUCACUAAUGGAACAGUUUUCUUCAGUGGAACUGGAGGUGGGUCAUUUUUGUCUCCUUUGGCACUGCCCUCUCUGAAGAUGUUCCAGAGAACUGGGAAACUUGCCAGGUUAUGUGUUGGGAUGGGUGGCAGGGGAGGAAGGUAAUGGGAAGAAAGAAGAGUUUGUUCUGCUAGUCGAUGUCUGUUGCACUGAAGACAGUAGAUUUAAGUACACACAGUUUUAUGAUGAAUAAUAGCCAUUCAGCCUAAAUGGCUCUACCUUUCUGGGAAGAGCCAGUUCCAUGGCCUUCGUUACACUUCAUAAUGGAUCUUCAAAUGAUCAGUAGAACAUCUUCUAUGCAUUUGGUGAAUUUGGUGAAGCUUGCUUUCAAGUAUGUAAGAAUGCACCCACACUGUAGAAGUAAUGCAGUUCAACACCACUUUAAUUGCCAUGGCUCCAUCCUACAGAAUCCUGGGAUUUGUAUUUUGUGUGAGCCACUAGCAUUCUUGCAGACAAUAGCAAGUACAUAGCAAUAGCAAGUACAAGGGUAAAGACCUUGGAAAACUACAGAUCCCAGGAUUCCAUAGGCUGGAGCUACAACACUUAAAGUGGUGUCAAACUGUAUCAUUUCUACAGUGCAGUUGCAUCUGAAGUAUAAUAUUGCAUCCUACUGGGAGCAGUGUGUCACACAUGGAGGUUGAAGCACAUUGUUGCAUUUUUUUAAUGUUACAUACUGACAUGUUUAUUUUUCUCCAAUAGGAAUUUAGGCUAGCUGGAUAUGGUUUUUUGAUUCUAUACCUCUGGAUCAAUCGGCUUCAAUGGUGUCUUCUACUGUUCCAAGAGUACCUCAGACAUCACUUAAAAUAAUGUGAACAAUAAUUCUGAAUCAUUCCAAAUGGAGAGUGAAUUGGGAAUGAUAUUUAGUGUGUUUUUAUAAUGUUAGGAUUUUUUAAAGGCAUGAAUGCAACAGAUUUAAUCAAAAUUACAUAUGCAUUUUAAGAUCAUAUUCAUUUGAUUUUUUAAAAAAAUGUUUACAUAAAUCUUUGGGGCAAAGAGCAAGGGUCUCCCCACUUCUUUUUAGGAAAAUGUACAGGCACAAAUAAUACAGUGCCAAGACAGUCUAUCUUCCAUGGUCAUACACUUAAGAGAACAGUUAUGUCUUGAGCAUUACAAUGCAUUGAGACUGUAGCUCUCUCUGUAUACUGUAUGAACCUGGAACUAAGGUCCAUCAAAUUCACUGGAUUUGUUUCCAAGAGUUAAAUCAGAUGCUAUGUUCACCACCUUCAAAUCUCUGGAUAGAGGAUGGGAGAUAAAUGUUUUAAUUAAUAAUUUUUUUAAAAAAAUAGUAUGUUAAAUGCAUGAUGUUCAGAUGUUUUUUUUCCCAAAAACAUGCAAGUUAAUGUUCUAGUGACUGCUUAACCUCCUCCAGAUCUGUUUUUGAAACUAAAUUCACACUCUACACCCAGUUUGGUGACCCCCCCCCAAAAAAAAGUGCAGGGAAUCUCAAUUCAUCCCAAUGGAGAUUUGGGGGCCCUGUUUAGGUCGUGGUGAUUUUGGGAGAAAAAUGGCUGCAGAGGAAAGUUUAAUCUUCCAUACCUGUCCAUGGUGGAUAAGAUCCAGAUUGGGUCCCCAAUCUUAUAAAUAAGAAUGGAAGGGGAAAACAAUUUGCAGCCGGGUGCUCCUUAAGUAAUAUAAGAUCUCAGUUAGAUCUUAUAUGAGAUCUUAUAUAUCUCACUAAGUCAGGGUGACUGGUUGCUCUCAUGCCAGUGAAGCAGGGAAUCUACUACAGGUUUUAAUCCAGGCUCUAAAGCAGCUAUGCAAUGUGAUGAAUUAAAAAAAAAAUGGUUCAACACUUUGAACAGCUCCUUGAAAGUUAGGUAAACCCUGGCUUGGAUUUUCUACCUCACUAACAUGGGAGACAGCAGGACACCUGUUCUGAACAUACAUGCAUAGGCUUGUAUUAUAAGACUGCCCAUCUCUUGAAAUUUAGCAGUCACUUGAUGGUGCUUUUUGUGGGCACAAUCUAUGUGAAAAUGAGCACAAUAAAGUCCCAUUGAAAUCAGUGGGAUUAAAUGGGACUUUAUUGUGCUCAAUUUCACAUAGAUUGAAACCAAUGAGAUUAAAAAAAGUUUAACAUUAGAGAUCAUGCUCAGUAAAAAUGGGCUGUGUUUGAUCCUGAUAUGUUCAAAUUAGCAUAUGGAUUUCAGAAGCAUGUAUGCCUGUUGAUCUAUUGGUUUGGAUCCUCAUUUAGUCACAGUUAGAAUAGACCAAUGGAAAUCAGUGUGACUUAGUUUAGGCUAUUGAUUUCCAUAGAGCUAGUCUAAAUAUGACUUAAAUUUGGCUCCAGUCCAUUGUUUUAUUAUAAUCCUUGGUGCUGAUACAAUACAAUAUAUUGUCUUCUUAGUGAUCUGUUUUUUAAAAACCCUCUUUUCUAUACCUCAUUUGUACAAACAUUACAGACAACCUUUUGUGAGUUUACCUUUUUUAAAUAGAACUUCAAGACUCGUCAGAUGAUUAGUCUAAUGAGAUUAGUCCCUUACUUCUGAUGCUGACCAUGGUGCUUCAGUAGUGUGUGGAAAUGCCUUGAUUCAUUAAUACAAAGCAGGAGGGAAUUUACUUAAUUUUCAUCAUAUAGUUACUUGUCUUUGAGGGGAAAAACCAGUGAAUUAGUUCUCUGGUUUCAUUUAAUGCCUACAUACAAAUUGAUAAACACUUGUAUUUUCUUCUCAGUUGAAGUGUGCUUUGAAAUUUUGUUUAACGCUGCAAAUUUUAUAACUAGGUGAGGUCCUGUUUACAACAAUGUUGCAUCGAUUUUGAGAAAUGUAUUCAUUUCUUUGAAAUAAAAGAUU